AUGCCUCAUCCAAUCAACAUUGUGUCCGUUUACGCUGCUUUCAGGGACAUUCUAACUUGGAAAUAUGUGAUCAAUCAGUCAGCCAAUGUGCCCAUGAAAGUCCUUGACUCAAUCACGUUUAGCAAGUUCCAGAUGGGAGCUUUAGAAGCACCUCCCAAGAUGCGAGUCUGGAUUUCCCUUGAGAUGGAUACAAAGGCAAUCUCUUUUCAAUCCAAUGCUGUCCUGACCUUAAUAUGCAACAGGGGCAAGGGCUUACCCGGUCAGACCAACCCGCCAAAUGUCAUGAAGACACCAGGCCAACCAACAGACGCCGCAUCUCCAUACCGCGCAUCUCCAGCCCCAACUGUCCCCGCUGUUUCAGUCGCCGCAGCUCCAGCCUCUACCACCCCAGCAGUCGCAGCUGUCCCGGCGGACAAUGAUAUUGUCUGGGCCUACAACAAGGAUCUCCGCCGACACACCCUGGGCGCUUCUGGCCAGAUGGGCGGCGACAUGGACUGCUUCCCGGCCCGGCGCGAGCUGCUGAACGCGCGCUUCUCGGCAUACAAACUCACCCCCCCCAGCACGCCCGCCCACAUCCGCACCAUCGCCCUGCCCCAGCACCUGCCGCCGCCGACAGCCAGCCACACCAACCAGCUCGCGCUCAACAAACACUCCGGCCAGCUCAUCUGGACGGACACGAGCCUCCUCACGCUCGCCCAGCCGCACAGCCCGCUCCCGCUCAGCCCCGCCGCCGACACAUGGCUGCUGCUCGACGGGCCCCACACGCUCCUCCUGGCGGCCCUGUGCCCGGGCCGGCCGCGCAUCCUGGCCGCCGCCGGGCUGCGGGCUGAGCACGGCUUCGGGCCCGGGCCGCACGCGCUCGUGGCCGUCGCCCGGGCCGCCGACGCCUUCCACGCCGUCCUCACCACCACCACUCUCCACGUCCUCCUCGCCCGCAUCCGCAUCGUCGCCCCCGCCGACCCCGCCGGCCAACACGCCAUCCAGCCCCUCCUCCUCGCCCGCCUCCACGGCACCGCGCCCCUGCUCGCCGCACACUACCACCGUCCCAGCCGCCGCUGGUGUCUGCGCUCCACCGCCGCCUACGUCGCCCUCCCCCCCACCGGAGACCACCCCACCGGAGACCACCCCGCCGAAGAAGACCCUGCCGCCACCCCACCCCUCCCAUACACCUGGUCCCAGACGCCCGAGGCCCUGACCCUGGUGGCGCGUCUCCCAGGCCCGGUCGCGCGGCCGGCCCUGGCGAUCGGCUUCCAUCCGCGCGCCCUGGAGCUCCGGCUGCCCGGCGUCGCCGGGGGGGAUGAUGGGCUGGACAGGCGGCUGGCUCUGUGGGCGGCGAUCGCGCCCGACGCGUGCACCUGGUACCUCGAGUCCUGCUCACAGACCAGCAGCACCACUACCCUGACGAUCGAGCUGGAGAAGCAGGCGCGCUGGCGGUGGCCGCAGGUGUUCGAGACCGACGACGGGGUCAUGGAGACGGUCUCGGCGGACGAGGCGCAGGCGAUGGGCGCGUGUCUAGCGGGCUACACGGACGACGGCACGGGCACGACGCGGCGCGGACUGGGCGCGCCGGGGGCGCCGACGAGUGGCGCAGCGGGACAGGGGCCGGGCCAGCCGAUGAGCUCGUUGACGGCGGGCGAGAUGGACUUGGAGAUCGACGUGGACGACCCGGUGAUGGUCACGGGGACGGUGGUCUCGUGGCUAGUCGAGCAGAGCCCGGGGACGGGGGGGAGCGAGGCGGGGUGGAGGGUGCAGACGGCCGGGGACGCCGCGCCCGUCGAGCUCAUCGCCACCCCGCUCCUCGUCGCCCAUCCCUCUCCAGCCCAGACCUUCCCGGCGCUAGCCUUCGUCGGCGCGUCCAAGCGACACAUCUGGCGCAGCCUGUUCACGCCCAAACACGCCCUGCUCGUCGAGCGCCCGGCCGCCCACCUCCAUCCGGCCAUCCCCUCCGCCACCCUCGCCACCGUCUUCGUCUACCACCAUGCCCCGAGCCCCCAGACCCAGGCCGUCCAACAGGUCAUCUCGCUCCCUACCUCUUCCCCCCUCCCCAACCCCGCCCUGCUCGGCAUCUGUGCCAUCCAGGGGCCCGAGCCGGACUCCCCCCUCUCUGUCUUCGUCCUCUCCCAGCACGAGAUCGUCAUCUUCGACCUCUGA